UUUGGUUAGUGAAAUUACUUGUAUGAGAGCAUUUUUGUACUUAUAAUUGGAGUGUGCGAAUGCUGAGUUAUCCAUUCCAUUGCAUAUGCAGCAAUAGCGACUCGUCAAGUAACAAUGAGUAUGUCUGCUGCUUCGUUGCCGUUAACGAGUUUGGUGCCUCCUCCCCGUGCUCUUUCUUUUCCCUAUUUCAAGUCCUUUCAUUUCCCCAUUCGCACCCCAAACCACAAAUUCUCCAAACGACUCGUUGCCAAUGCCGACUUCUCAUCUUCUGCUCCAACUUCAUCUACAGUUGAGGAAGAACAAGAAGAAGAAGAAGAAGAAGAAGAGAGCUACCAAGUUCUCUCGGCUAUGAAAAGUGACUACAAUGACAUAGUCAUUGUUGACACCCCAAAGUCUAGAAUGCUCCUCCUUGAUUCCACGCAUAAUGUUCACAGCAUUCUUUACAAGGAGCAAAAGUGGACUGGUUCCUACUGGGAUGAAUUUGCCAGCUUGCCAGCUAUUGUUCCUAAAGGUCCCAUUGCUAUCUUAGGUUUGGGUGGUGGAACUGCUGCUCAUUUGAUGCUUCACUUAUGGCCUUCACUGCAGCUUGAGGGUUGGGAGAUUGAUGAAAUUUUGAUUGAUAAAGCGAGAGAUUAUUUUGGCCUAUCUGAUCUUGAGAAGACAACAGAAGGUGGUGGCAUUUUAAAUGUUCAUAUCGGUGAUGUCUUCAUUCCAUCAGAGAAUUUACGCAGAAGAUAUGCUGGCAUUGUAGUUGACUUGUUUUCUGAAGGAAAAGUUUUGCCUCAGCUGGAAGAGGUAAGUACUUGGUUGGAAUUACAGGAGAGAUUGAUGCCUGACGGUCGCUUCAUGGUGAAUUGUGGUGGCAUUGAUGGGGAAUCCAGUCCAGAAUCUUUAUUAAGUGAUGAGACAUGGCUACUAAAUCCAACAUUGAAAGCAUUAUCCAAGGCAUUUCCUGGACAAUUAAGCUGGAAAAGAAUGCCAAAGGUUAGUGGUGAAAAUUUUAUGGCACUCACAGGAUCCAUGCCUGAUUUGGAAUCUUGGUCUGCAAGUGUCUCAUCUCCUCUAAGCUCAAAUGUUAAGGAUUGGAGACCUUGUGGGCAGGUUUCCUGAAUUUGAUACUAAUUUGUUCAUAGAUAAAAUAAAAUGAUUCGUAUUUAUUUAUAUAUUUUUUGAGAUAAGUUUAUUUUGAUAGAGAUGAGUUAUUUGCAUAACUUUAUAGAGUAAUGCUACACAUCCAAGUCUUUUUAUGAACUAAGUCCAACCAAGUUAAACAAUAAGACUUGGAAUAAUGCUAGCCAUAACUAAUUUUUGUUACGUUAAACUAACUUGGUUAACAAAAAAACUUGGAUGUAUAGCAUUAUUCAACUUUUAUUAGUACACGUUACUUUCUCAUUAUGAAUAGAAUAUAACGAGUAUAAAAAACAAGAACAAAAAUGUUAUAUGCACACAAAAAAUCAGCUACCAUCUAUUUGCAUAUAGAUAUAUAUGUUGUUUAACAUAUUUACAAUAUGUAUUUAAUAUUUUAACAUGUGUUCUAUACAGGUUACUGAUUUUUAGUGUGCAUAUUAUAUGAAUGAAAUAAGAAAUAGUACAUGUAUGUGUACCAGUCUUGUGUGCAUCAAGAGUGGUGGUAUAGCUUCUUUUCUCGUAUUAAAAAUUUGUAUUUUUUUAGUAGCUUUUAUUUCUAAAAGUAUGUACUAUGUUUUGUACACAUAAGUAGUGUGUAUCAUACAUUAAAACACAAAAAUGUUAUGGGUGUGAAAAAUGUAAUUACUAUAUAUUUAUGUGUAAAUAUAUAUGUUGUUUUAUACAAUUUUUUCAAGCAAAUAAUUAGCAACUAGAAUAAUCAAAUUUACUAUGGUAGAAAAAUCAAACCUAUAGACAAAUAAUCAAAUUUGUUUAUAGUAGCUUAAAAAAAAAUUGGGAUUGUAAUCAAGAGUAUCUCCUUGAAUAGUUUGUUUCUUUUUCCCUUUUUCUUUUGAUUUUGCUAUUGAAUUAUUAAGUUUAUUGUAUUAUUGGAACAAUUUGUGAUUAAUGCUUAUGAGUUUUAUGUUUUGAUUUUUUGAGUUGUUUACUUGUGUUGCUUAAUUGUUAAAUUUGAGUUUAAAAUUUUCUGCACCUUUAAUUUGUUAAUGAUUUCCAUUCUUGUCAUGAUUCAUGAGUGAGUAGUGUUUUAGUUGGUCUUCAGAGUGAAUUAUCAAGGUGAGUCUUGAACUAUUGUAUUACCUGAUUAAUUGAAUUUAUCUUAAUUUGAAUUAUAUUAAUAGACAUCAACUCUAGCUAUUCCUUCUUAUGGGUUAACUCGCUAGGAUUAUGCUGAUUAAUGAGAAAACCCUGACAGAAUUUCUAUAAUCUGGUUGGUUGACUUGUAAGGACAAAUUGAAUUAUGUUAAAUUAAAGCAAUUUGAUGGGUGAUGAUAGUUAGUCUUGGUUAAUUACUCUCGAGCCAAGACUUUUACUUAUUGAAUUUUAAUUUCUAGUAUCAUCGAUUUAAUUUUCUUGUUUUACAACUCAACGUCUCCCAAUUUCCAUUAUCAAUUGCAAUGAACCUUCUUUGGAUUUGACUUGGGUUGUUUUUUUCCAAACAUAAUUUCAAAACUCCAAUCUCCUUAUUGAAAAGGUAGAGUAUUAUAUUUGAUUUGCUAAAUUUUUUUUCCUUUUAUAGGAAAAUUAUUUUGAAGCGGAGAAAAAACUUAAUUAAUCCAUCACAUAUAGUUUCAUGUUCAAAUACUAGGAGAGUAAAUGUAAUCAA